UUAAGCACAAAAUCCACCUGUUGUUGACUGGCCGAUGAAUGAGUGACUACAUGCAUGCAUAUUUGUAUAUGAUUAUAAUUGUGUGUGAUCAUCAGAACUUUUUUUUCUGAACACAGAUCAUCAGAUUCAUAAGGUCAAAACAAAAAUAAAAAUAAAAACCCUCACGGGUCACGUGCUUAAGCUGUAAAUACAGUUCUUCAGUCUUUCAUUAACUAUAGAUAUCUUCAGUUGUUUUCAUCUUAAAAGAGACACUGUUCUGCUUCUCGAGCUACCAAACCCCUUUCAUCUCCUUCAGAAAGGUCUAUUCAACCCAGCCUCAACAUUUUCUUAUAUAUCUAUCUUUAUAUUGACACAGGUAUAUAUCGUGAUUAGUAAAUUUUAAACUUCGUAUUUUACUUGCCUUUAAAGCCUUCCUUACCAAUCUUCCUUCACACCCUCUUUAAAAGUCACUUGACUUUAAUAUUUCUCUUUUUGUUUCUUUCUGCUUUUCUCUCUUUUCUUUCGAUCAUCUGAGAGCAUGCUUGAAUGUCAAGAGAAAGGGAGAGACUUGAAGAGAUAGGGAAGAAGAUCAAAAGAGAAGCAGAUGCUUGGCCUAAUCAAAUGGCAGGAAUUAGAAGACAUAUAUCUGGUCCUCCUGGAGCCCUCAAUACCAUUACUCCUUGUGCGGCAUGUAAACUUCUGCGCAGACGAUGCGCUCAAGAAUGUCCAUUUUCGCCUUAUUUCUCCCCAUAUGAGCCUCUUAAGUUCGCGUCGGUCCACAAAGUCUUUGGAGCUAGCAACGUCUCCAAGAUGCUAAUGGAGGUACCGGAAGGCCAGAGAGCAGACGCGGCAAAUAGCCUCGUGUAUGAAGCAAACGUGAGGUUAAGAGAUCCAGUGUACGGUUGCAUGGGAGCAAUCUCAGCUCUACAACAACAAGUUCAAGCUUUACAAGCCGAGCUUACGGCCGUACGAUCUGAGAUUCUCAAGUACAAGCAACGAGAAGCUGUCGCCACUUUGAUCGUACCGUCCAAUUCCCAAUAUCACAACUCUGGCGGCGUCUCCGUCAUUGCACUACCACCACAAACGCCGUCAACUCCACCGCAACCUACAGCGGCUCAUCCUCCGCCUCCUCCAUCUUCUUGUGUUUACUCUCAACCAACCACAAGAGCACUAGAAUACGGCGAGAUUGAAAGUGAGAACAACUCCUACUUCGGUUAAAAUUUAUUUGAAUCAUUCUACAAACACACAUACAUAUAAUUUAUUUCCAUAAUUUGUGGUCCGACAAUUAUAACUAAGUUAAAUAAAUAUAAGGGAGGAGGAUGAUGUUAAAGAGCCUGUCACUAAUCGAUCAAAUGUAUAUUU